CGCGGCCGGCGAGUGCUCCUGUUCGCGGGACCAGCGAGGCGGCGGCCGCUGCUCCAGCCUCCCCUAGCCGCGGGCCCCCGACGCGUUCCAGCCGCCAGCCUACCGCCGCCGUCUCGGCGCGGCCCCCAGCGCAGCCCCACAGGAGACUCUGAAGACCAGCAGGAAAGCAGUGAGCCUUUACAGGUUGCCUUCAUCAGACGUCAGAAUGAUUCCCUGCAAAGCCGCGCUGACCUUUGCCCGAUGUCUGAUCCGGAGAAAAAUCGUGACUCUGGACAAUCUAGAAGACACCAAAUUAUGCCGCUGCUUAUCCACCAUGGACCUCAUUGCCCUGGGCGUUGGAAGCACCCUUGGUGCUGGGGUUUACGUCCUCGCUGGGGAGGUGGCCAAGGCAGACUCGGGCCCCAGCAUCGUGGUGUCCUUCCUCAUUGCUGCCCUGGCUUCGGUGAUGGCUGGCCUCUGCUAUGCUGAAUUUGGGGCCCGUGUCCCCAAGACAGGGUCUGCGUAUUUGUACACCUAUGUGACUGUCGGAGAGCUGUGGGCCUUCAUCACUGGUUGGAAUCUCAUUUUAUCUUAUGUGAUAGGUACGUCAAGUGUUGCAAGAGCUUGGAGUGGCACCUUUGAUGAACUUCUUAGCAAACAGAUUGGUCAGUUUUUGAGGACAUACUUCAGAAUGAAUUACACUGGUCUUGCAGAAUAUCCUGAUUUUUUUGCUGUGUGCCUUAUAUUACUUCUAGCAGGUCUUUUGUCUUUUGGAGUAAAAGAGUCUGCUUGGGUAAAUAAAGUCUUCACAGCUGUUAAUAUUCUGGUCCUUCUGUUUGUGAUGGUUGCUGGAUUUGUGAAAGGAAAUGUGGCAAACUGGAAGAUUAGUGAAGAGUUUCUCAAAAAUAUAUCAGCAAGUGCCAGAGAACCACCUUCUGAAAACGCAACAAGUAUCUAUGGGGCUGGUGGCUUUAUGCCUUAUGGCUUUACAGGAACGUUGGCUGGUGCUGCAACUUGCUUUUAUGCCUUUGUGGGAUUUGACUGCAUUGCAACAACUGGUGAAGAAGUUCGGAAUCCCCAGAAAGCUAUUCCCAUUGGAAUUGUGACGUCUUUGCUUGUUUGCUUUAUGGCCUAUUUUGGGGUCUCUGCAGCUUUAACACUUAUGAUGCCUUACUACCUCCUCGAUGAAAAAAGCCCCCUUCCUGUAGCAUUUGAAUAUGUGGGAUGGGGUCCUGCCAAAUAUGUUGUUGCAGCUGGUUCUCUCUGCGCCUUGUCAACAAGUCUUCUUGGAUCCAUUUUCCCAAUGCCUCGUGUAAUCUAUGCUAUGGCGGAGGAUGGGUUGCUUUUCAAAUGUCUAGCUCAAAUCAAUUCCAAAACGAAGACACCAAUAAUUGCUACUUUAUCAUCGGGUGCAGUGGCAGCUUUCAUGGCCUUUCUGUUUGACCUGAAGGCGCUUGUGGACAUGAUGUCCAUUGGCACGCUCAUGGCCUACUCUUUGGUGGCAGCCUGUGUUCUCAUCCUCAGGUACCAGCCUGGCUUAUCUUACGAGCAGCCCAAAUUUUCUCCUGAGAAAGAUGGUCUGGGAUCGUCUCCCAGGGUAACCUCGAAGAGUGAGUCCCAGGUCACCAUGCUGCAGAGACAGGGCUUCAGUGUGCGGACCCUCUUCUGCCCCUCCCUUCUGCCGACACAGCAGUCAGCUUCUCUCGUGAACUUUCUGGUAGGAUUCCUGGCUUUUCUCGUGUUGGGCCUGAGUGUCUUGACCACUUACGGAGUUCACGCCAUCACCAGGCUGGAGGCCUGGAGCCUCGCUCUCCUCGCGCUGUUUCUUGUUCUCUGUGUUGCCAUCAUUCUCACCAUCUGGAGGCAGCCCCAGAAUCAGCAGAAAGUGGCAUUCAUGGUUCCAUUCUUACCGUUUUUGCCAGCGUUCAGCAUCCUGGUGAACAUUUACUUGAUGGUCCAGUUGAGUGCUGACACUUGGAUCAGAUUCAGCAUUUGGAUGGCAAUUGGCUUCCUGAUUUACUUUGCUUAUGGCAUUAGACACAGCCUGGAGGGUCAUCUGAGAGAUGAAAACGAUGAAGAAGAUGCUUAUCCAGACAACAUUCAUGCAGCAACAGAAGAAAAAUCUGCCAUUCAAGCAAAUGACCAUCACCCAAGAAAUGUUAGUUUACCUUUCAUAUUCCAUGAAAAGACAAGCGAAUUCUAACACUUGCAGGAGCAGAGCUGGUCAUCAUGUUAGCAUACAUAUCCUACGCUGAGUAAACCGUGACCGGAUGUCAUCAGUAUGCUAGUUUGUCAUGGGUUUGCCGCAUACAUAGUUCACCCGAAUUUAUACUUACUCAUCCGGACAGCAUCUCCUCAGAUGGUGAAUUACAUGCCCGAGGAAACCUCCUGAGUGGAGGUUUCAUUCAUCAGUGAUGAACAGCCCCCAAACAGUGGGAGUAUGUGUACGUUUGUGUGUAUGUAUGUAUCUGUGUAUAUGCUUGGGAACAUGAGUGUUAAAAGGUAGCUGGUGUUUUACUAUUAACUGUGUUACAUUUUUCCGGUGUCGUCAUUAAUCGGUGGCAUAUACUGCACAUACUGAAACACAGGUAAAUCACUGAAUGUAAAGAGGUUUCGUCUGUGCCCCCUGCCGUUGGGGAAGUACUAGUAGCUUCACCUUGUUUGACUUCAUUAAUGUCCAUUUAGGGGAUGCCAGAAAUGCAGUUACUCAUCAUGGUGUCUGUCACUGGUUAGGGGUAAGAUGAGGGGAUAAGGAAAGAGCCUUUUCAAUAAGUUGUGAAUGCCAGCAGUGGGUUUAAUGCAGUUUUUUUUUUUUUUUUUUUUUUUUCCUGUGAGGUAUGACAGUUUGCUCAAACCUCAGCCAAUACGGUGUCUGCUUCUGCUGCACUACACAGGCCAGGAGUGGCAUUCCAUGUCACUAGUUGGCCUCCCUAUGAACUUUGUCUCCUUUGCAAACAGUGGUCCUAAAAUAUGAGGUCUUCACUUGCUGUGAAUGACGUAUCCCCAGUCAGGGACUUAAGAGAGGCACUGUGACCUACUUGGGGCCCUUGAAAUUAAAAGGUGAAGAUAGUCACCAUGGCCCAAAAGCUCAUGGAGUGGCUGUAAUGAGAAUGUGUUUGAAGAUCAAAGAGUUAGACCAAUGCUUGAAUAAGCAAACCCCAAGCAUCCCUUUCUAAAAAGUCACUUAAAAUAAGCCCAGAGACUCUCCCAGACCACACAACUAGUGGAAUGAUUCAUCCUUUUUCCAUUACUUCCUUAAUCACAGUUUAGUUUUUUUCUUUUUUUUUUUUUUUUGAGACGGAGUCUUGCUCUGUCGCCCAGGCUGGAGUGCAGUGGCCAGAUCUCAGCUCACUGCAAGCUCCGCC